GCGAGAAUCCGGUUGAAUCGGACAUGUUCUCUGUGGGUUAGAAUAAUACCAACUUUUCGUAAUAUCAUUCUGUACCUACGAUGAUAGUAAACGUAUGUUUACAAAUAACUAUAAAUUACAAUAAAUAAAAUAAGAACAAUAUUUAGUGAAUAAAAAGUAGACAAUUAGUGUUUUUUUUUCUUUUCUAAAAUAGUUUUUAUAAAGAGCGAUUUCAAAAAUGGAAUCAAAAUUAUUUUUGCGUGGGAACGAGACUUAUGACGAUUUUUUUAAUCGGUGCAAUAAUUUGUCGCAUUUCGAUUGUAGUGAGGAAGAAAUGCUAUGGUGGUUGAUGGGGUCUAGACGUUUACCUUUGAAGGAAAUAGUACCCAUUAGUGUUAUUUUAGUGGUAAUAUUCCUGACUGGUGUGAUCGGCAAUGCGUGCGUUUGUGUGGUGAUAGUGAAGCACCCGGGCUUGCAUACGGCGACUAAUUAUUAUCUUUUCAGUUUGGCUGUUAGUGAUCUGUUGCUUCUUUUGUUUGGUCUUCCAAAUGAUUUAUCAGUGUACUGGCAUCAAUACCCGUACAGUUUGGGGAUCGUCUUCUGCAAAUUGAGGGCUCUUAUCUCCGAAGCGGCCACAUACGUCUCAGUGUUGACAAUAUCAGCGUUUUCUCUGGAGAGAUACCUGGCUAUAUGUCAUCCUCUCCACUUGUACACCAUGGCUGGCCUGACCAGGGCUUCAAGGAUUAUUCUCAUACUGUGGAUCAUUUCGAUAGUGUGCGCUUCGCCCUUUGCUGUUUACAGCGAAAUAAGCUACAGGGAUUAUCCUCCAAAUUCUGGCAACAUAUCAUUGGAGUCUGCAUUCUGUGCUCUCAUGGCACCAUCUCCUCUGCUAGAACUUAGCAGUAUCUUCUUCUUCUUCGUGCCAGCUGUUCUCAUACUCUGUCUAUACGCCAGGAUGGGGUAUCAUAUAAGGUACACAUUGUCGACUCGAGUUAUGGAGAAAACGAAGAUUGGCUUGCUGAAUGGACACGUGCAUGGUGAGACACGACAGGCGAAAUCCAGGAAGGCUAUCAUCAGAAUGCUUGCUGCAGUAGUGAUAGCAUUCUUCGUAUGCUGGGCGCCGUUCCACAUUCAGCGCCUGUUCUUCAUCUACGGGUACAGUCUACCGCAGUUCCAUGUCAUCAAUGAGCACCUGUUUAACGUGGCUGGAGCCCUGUACUACGUGUCGGCCACCGUCAACCCUAUACUGUACAAUGUUAUGAGUGGCAGAUACCGCAUCGCUUUCCAAGAGACGCUACUCUGCAGGAAGGUCCGUGGUCGGAGAGACUCACGCAUCAUCAAUUUGGAUCACACGAUCUGCCGGGAGGUCACGACCCUACCCAGCGUCAACUCGACCAGUAUAAAACGAGAAUCGAGAAUAUCAUUUAUUAGCAAAGUCGAUUUCGUAAAAGAUCCAUCACCUUACUGUGUUAGUGAAGACAGAGAUUGCGAAGAACCCGUUUUCAAAAGUUAUUCGAAAACUUGAACCUGUUUUUGUAAAAAUCCUCAGGUUCUGGGUGUUGAUGAAAAAUGUAAGGAAAAAUCUACUUUUGUAUUAGCGUGUAAAUAAAUAACUAUUGACAUAUUUCUUCAUUGGGUGAAUGCAGUAUCGAAUGCUGAGACACGUUUAUCGUAAAGAAAAGUGUGCAGGUUUUAACGAAUUUUGGGAUUUGUAGGUAAGUAUAAGCUAGUUAAAUCAGAGAGAAACUGAUUCAUUUAUGCUUGUUAGGAGUCCUUUCUGUAUAUUCUGUAUUCCUUUAGUAUUUUCAGCUGCGAAAUAUUUUGGUAAAAACAGCAAAGGUCAAUUAAUGCCAGUGUUUUGUAAGGAUGAUAAAUAUCUGGUUUUACCAUAUGUCGUAAAAUAUAUUCCUAUGAUUAAUAAUAGAUUGGUCUCGUAAAUUAUUUGAGAAGGCUAUAAUUACAAAAAAUAGGUAUUCCUUUGAGAACAUUUCAAUUAAGAACUCUGUAACAAUGUUAAUUAAAUAUUUCUUCAGACUUUUAUAACUGUUCAGUCGUUGUAUAAACAUUUUUGUUUGCUUACUAAAUUAUUGAUAACUUGUUAAUUAAUCACAAAAGCUUUAGAAGAUUCCAACAUAAUGGAAAUUAUUUGUUUAAUCCUAUCACUUUGCUUGAAAUUACAGCGGCCGUGAAAAUUAAUUAUUAAAAAAACUGUAUGUAGAAUUGUUAAAUUUGAACCAAGUUAUGCGUAAAUUAAUUACUUUCUAGUAUUCAUUAUCAUAAUGUAAGUAUAUGAUAUGAAUUAUAUUGAGUUCAAAAUAAGACUACAGUUAAAAACUGCAACAGUGCCGAAAUGAUCACGAUCUUGAAUGAAAAUACAACUUAAUUAAAUAACUUAAGAAAUAAAACGCCAGUAGCAGAUGGUGGAAUAAGCUUACAGAAAGAGUAACUUAUAACUGAGCUGAAUUACGUUAAAAUAAUAUUACAUUUAAAGCUAAGAUCUUAAGCAGAUAUACUAAACUAACCUAACCUUUCCUUAAGACUGUUUUAUAUAUAAAACGUAUUUCUUACAGAUAAAUAUAUUCAGGGAUUUGUAUAAUAAUAUGAGAAGCUUAUAUAUUUAUUUUUCGCGUGUAGCAGUAAUACGCACGGAGUAAGGAAAGAUGAACGAAGACGUCAUAAUGCAGGUAGGAAGGAUCUGACCAGUUAUGAGUGUUCGGGUUUUCGGUACACGUAAAUUGGCGGGUCCAAAGAAGAUGUGUAGGGGCGAAGACAGUAACGUUCUUCGUCCCCCGCACACCCGCAUUUUGGCGCGCUACUUAAGAAAGUAAGAAGGAGAUUUCCAUUAUGGUACCUCCGCUUGUCAUUUUGUUCUCCAUGGUAAUAAGUAAGAUGAUGUAUUUUACGUUUGUAUAUCCAGUGUUGUAUAGAUAUUUUAACAUAACUUAUAAGCUAAUGUCGGUAUUUCUAACUAAUUUGUGCGUAGUAAGCUGAAGUUAAUAUAAGAUUAAUAUGUAAUUUUUUUUUAAAUGUUACUUAAGUACAUAAACAGUGACAAAGGAACGUAGAGAGGAAUAUAAGAAAAAAAACGAAAAAAAAAGUGCUUUCUUUCAAAAAUUACGGUCCAAAUAGAAUGUAGGCACAGCUGAGCCCACAACCUAUUUUACGAAAACCGAGUCUUAUUUCUUCAAUAUUUUGCGUACAUAUUGAAAAAGUACAUAAAUAAAUAAGAUUUAGCCACAUUGCAGACUAAAUAGUCGGCCAACAGUUGGCCCGAUGCAAGGAACUUUAUUUUUAAGAUAAAAUCGUGAUUUUUGCCGGUCUUAUACCGGUCUUAUCAAGCCCCCGAUCAAACUAUCGGCCGACUGAAAGUCUGCAAUGUGUUACUCUUAAGUAACAAACCUACUUAUCAUUAGAAAAUUUUGUGCUUACAUUGGUAGCGUAACUUUAGUUGGAAAACUUUUAAUAAGCACUUUUUGAUGUUGGUUUACUACUUAGUUUUAAUGCUCUUUGCGUGUCUCGUCUCUGGCCUUAAGACAAUGAAGCGACCUACAUAGUAAUGCCUACAUAAUUUAUUGUCCAUGUGUAUAUAUCUGUCUACAACUUUUGUCACCAAUAUUUAAAAAAAUGAUAUCUUCAAUUAAUUUUUGAGAAACAUUGAAAUUUAAAAAAAAAAGUGAAAUUCAGUCUACAAUAAUACUUUGGAUGUGAUAUUGUGUGUUUUUUAUAUCAUACUAGCUGGUGCCCGCGACUUCGUCUGCGCAGGUUUAGUAUUUCGAACAAUAUGUUUACAAAUUGUAGCCUAUGUGUUAUUCUGAUGUAUAAGCUAUAUUAUUGUAAAGUUUCAUUAAAAUCCAUUCAGUAGUUUUUGCGUGAAAGAGUAACAAACAUCCAUACAUCCAUACAUCCAUACAUACAAACUUUCGUGUUUAUAAUAUUAGUAGGAUGAAUCUAUAUUUAUUUUUGAGGAAGGCCAGAGAUUAUAAUAAUUAGACUCCUCUGGUGUGAUUUUUAUAAAAAAAAAUCUGUUUAUGUGAAGCUUUAAACUUUAAUAUUAAAUUUCUAUAGUUGUUAUAUUUUAUCCUUUGGGUACCUAAAUAGGUAAUUGAUAGAUAUGUUAAAUGUUGUACACCUAGAAAAUGAUAAUGUUCAAAUAUAAAUGUAAAAAAUUCCUCAUUGUAAAUACACUUGAAUAAAAUUAGCGAAGUAAAUAAAUUAACAACGCUCUGUAAAACUUAGUUGUAACUUAAACUUAGCUACUAAUUUUGAUAUAUAAAUGUAAAUUUUCUUAUAUGUACAAUACACUGUUAAAUAAU